AUGUUUUCCCUCUCAUUAUUAGCAUUUUUAUCCCUCACAUUUUAUCUUCAAGUUCACGCUGCCCCUCCAUAUGGGCAAUUAUCUGUGAAAGGAAGUCAAUUAGUGGGCAGUAAUGGACAACCAGUUCAACUGGUUGGAAUGUCACUUUUCUGGUCGAGUUGUGGUGAAGGAGAAGGUUUUUAUAACAGAGAAACUGUAAAUAGUCUUAAAUGCUCUUGGAAUUCAAAUGUUGUUAGAGCUGCAAUGGGUGUAGAAUAUUCUGGAUGUGGACGACCGGGUUACCUGGAUGCCACAAAUGUUGAGCGGGGAAAGGUCGAAGCAGUUGUUAAGGCCGCGAUAGAGUUGGAUAUGUAUGUUAUUAUUGACUUUCACGACCACAAUGCUCAGGGACAUGUGAAACAAGCUAAAGAAUUCUUCGCAUAUUUUGCCCAAAACUACGGAUCUAAAUACCCAAAUAUCAUUUAUGAGACUUUCAAUGAGCCACUACAAGUGGACUGGAAUGGUGUAAAAUCAUAUCAUGAGCAAGUUGUUGCAGAAAUUAGAAAAUAUGACAAAAAGAAUGUCAUCGUUCUCGGUACAACAACUUGGUCUCAAGAUGUUGAUACUGCUGCUAAUAAUGCUGUAAGAGGUUCAAACCUUUGCUACACUUUGCACUUCUACGCAGCAACUCAUAAACAAAACUUAAGAGACAAGGCACAGGCUGCAAUGAAUAAGGGAGCCUGUAUCUUUGUAACUGAAUACGGAACCGUUGAUGCAAGUGGAGGUGGUGGAGUGGAUCAAGGCUCGACACAAGAGUGGUAUAACUUCUUGGAUAGUAAAAAAAUUUCUAACCUCAACUGGGCUAUCUCGAACAAGGCGGAAGGGGCUGCAGCACUCACCCCUGGAACGACUUCUUCUCAAGUAGGCAAUGAUGACCGAUUGACUACCUCCGGUCGUAUAGUGAAGAAUUAUAUUAAAUCAAAGAAUACUGGUGUCAGAUGCGGAGGGGGUGCUGCAAAAAAAGCCCCAUCCUCUAAUACUGGUGCAAAAAAGACAAACACCAAUUCAAAGAACAAAAAUUCAAACAAAAAAUCUAACAACGCAAAAGUGCCGAAAAAAGGUUCCAAAAAGAAUAACUAA